ACCGGUCUCGCCAUGGAGCGGAAAGUGCUUGCGCUCCAGGCCCGAAAGAAAAGGACCAAGGCCAAGAAGGACAAAGCCCAAAGGAAAAAUGAAACUCAGCACCGAGGCUCUGCCCCCCAUUCUGAGAGUGAUCUGCCAGAGCAGGAAGAGGAGAUUCUGGGCUCUGAUGAUGAUGAGCAGGAAGAUCCCAAUGAUUACUGUAAAGGAGGUUAUCAUCUUGUAAAAAUUGGUGAUCUGUUCAAUGGCAGAUACCAUGUGAUCUGAAAGUUGGGCUGGGGGCACUUUUCAACAGUGUGGCUAUCAUGGGAUAUUCAGGGAAAGAAAUAUGUGGCAAUGAAAGUAGUUAAAAGUGCUGAACACUAUACUGAAACAGCACUAGAUGAAAUCCGGUUGCUGAAAUCAGUCCGCAAUUCAGACCCCAGUGAUCCAAACAGAGAAAUGGUCGUUCAACUACUAGAUGACUUUAAAAUAUCAGGAGUUAAUGGAACACAUAUCUGCAUGGUGUUUGAAGUUCUGGGGCAUUACCUGCUCAAGUGGAUCAUCAAGUCCAACUAUCAAGGGCUUCCGCUGCCUUGUGUCAAAAAAAUUAUCCAGCAAGUGUUACAGGGCCUGGACUAUUUACACACCAACUGCCGUAUCAUCCACACUGACAUUAAACCGGAAAACAUCUUGUUGUCGGUGAACGAGCAGUACAUCCGGAGACUGGCAGCAGAAGCCACAGAAUGGCAGCGAUCCGGAGCCCCUCCACCUUCCGGGUCUGCAGUCAGUACUGCUCCCCAGCCUAAGCCAGCUGACAAAAUGUCAAAGAAUAAGAAGAAGAAAUUGAAGAAGAAGCAGAAGCGCCAGGCAGAAUUACUAGAGAAGCGAAUGCAGGAAAUUGAGGAAAUGGAGAAAGAGUCGGGCCCUGGGCAAAAAAGACCUAACAAGCAAGAAGAAUCAGAGAGUCCUGUUGAAAGACCCUUGAAAGAGAACCCACCUAAUAAAAUGACCCAAGAGAAACUUGAAGAGUCAAGUUCCAUUGGCCAGGAUCAGACACUUAUGGAGCGUGGUGUAGAGGGUGGUGCAGCAGAAAUUAAUUGCAAUGGAGUAAUUGAAGUCAGUAAUUAUACUGAGAACAGUAAUAAAGAAACAAUGAGGCUUGCAGAGGAUCUCCAUAAUGCUAAUGACUGUGAUGUCCAAAAUUUGAAGCAGGAACCUAGUUUCCUAAGCUCCCAAAAUGGAGACAGCACAUCUCAAGAAACAGACUCUUGCACACCUGCACCACCGGAGGUGUCAGAUACUAUGGUGUGCCAGUCCUCCGCAACUGGAGACCAGUCAUUCCAUGAGCAGCACAUCAGCCAACUUCAAGAAAGCAUCCGGGCAGAGAUCCCUUGUGAAGAGGAGCACGAGGAAGGACAGAAUGGGCCCCUGGACAACAAAGGAAAAUCCACUGCUGGAAAUUUUCUUGUUAAUUCCCUUGAGCCAAAAAAUGCAGAAAAGCUCAAAGUGAAGAUUGCUGAUCUUGGAAAUGCCUGUUGGGUGCACAAACACUUCACUGAAGAUAUUCAAACAAGGCAGUAUUGCUCCCUGGAAGUUCUGAUAGGAUCUGGCUAUAAUACCCCAGCUGACAUCUGGAGCACGGCAUGCAUGGCCUUUGAAUUGGCUACUGGUGAUUAUUUAUUUGAGCCUCAUUCUGGAGAAGAGUACACCCAAGAUGAAGAUCACAUUGCGUUGAUCAUAGAACUUCUGGGAAAGGUGCCUCGCAAGCUCAUUGUGGCAGGAAAAUAUUCCAAGGAAUUUUUCACCAAAAAAGGUGACCUGAAACAUAUCAUGAAGCUGAAACCCUGGGGCCUUUUUGAGGUUCUGGUGGAGAAGUAUGAGUGGUCUCAGGAAGAGGCGGCUGGCUUCACAGACUUCUUACUGCCCAUGUUGGAGCUCAUCCCCGAGAAGAGAGCCACUGAUGCCGAGUGUCUCCGGCAUCCUUGGCUCAACUCUUAAGCCCCAGCCCAGGCCCACAGCAGCAGAGAUCACUACACUGACUGUCCAUUCUCCUCUCCAGGCAUUUUCCAAUUUUCAGGGUGAAGCCCUUUCUUCAAGGGUUUCUAGAUUUCUUUUUUCUUAAUCCAGUAUGUUUAUUUGGGUUUGCAUACUUGACCCCAACUGCCUUUGGGUGUCCCCGGUGAAUUUGGCCUUGGUGGGGCUUGCCAAAGACUAAUGGACUAAAAAUGUACAACAGUCUCUUACCCUCUGCCCUUGCCUUUCCAUCAGGGUAUCCUGUAAACUAUAAGUAUCCUCUUUAAAAAGAGCUAU